UUUGCCUCCGUUAUUUGUGAAGGUAGGAGAUGGCCAAGUCCUUGCGAAAGCCGUUCAGAAGGAUUCAGGCCAACUUGAAAGAACGAAUAAAAGAGAGGAACAAGAAAUGGACAGGGCUGGGGAAAGCCUAUGAGCCCUUGUCUACAAGUGCCAACGGCACAACCAGCAGCCCUGUGCGACUGAAGAGCAUCCAAGCCAACAACAGAGCUCUAGCUCUGGCUUUGCAUGAGGAGAAGCUCAAAGUGAGAGAAGCCCGAGAUGCCUUUCUGUGUUUAAAGGGAGAGAAUCAAUGCUUGAAGUUUCAGAUCUUUUAUUUACAAACACUGCUUCAAUCACAGCAAGUGCAGGCACCUGCUGAGGUAUUUUGA